AAGGGAACACAAACACUUUCAUUCAUCAAAAGCAUUAUGAAAAGUAUACAAACUCAACAACUCAUCCUCUUCUUCGCUCCCAUUGCCCUCUUUACCACCCUAACCAGCGGCGGCGGCGAUACACUUAACUCUUCGACAAUUCUCUACGACGGCGACACGCUCGUAUCCUUCUCCGGCGUCUUCGCCCUCGGCUUCUUCAGCCCUACCAACUCCUCCACCAGACGCUACGUCGCUAUCUGGUAUAAUAAGAUCCCUACUCACGAUAUCGUUUGGGUCGCCAAUCGGAACAGUCCGAUCACCGAGUCUACGGCGGCCCUCACCCUCUCUUCCGACGGCAAGCUGGUUGUUAUCGACGGUAACUCCACCGUUUAUUGGUCGUCUUUCACCUCCCCUGCCAUUAAUGAAACGAAGACCUCCAUCGUCAACCCGAUAGCUCAACUUCUUGACACAGGCAACCUAGUCGUCAGAGGAGUUAAUAAUGAGUAUAUAUGGCAGAGCUUCGACCACCCAACGGACACAUUCCUCGCCGGGAUGAAGUUAGGGUAUGAUCUGCGAUCCGGUCUCAUCCGCAACAUCACCUCUUGGGCGAGCCUUUCCGAUCCAUCGCCGGGGCCUUACACCGCAAACCUUCACCUCUCCGGCGUUCCACAGCUUGUUACCACCGAGGGUUCCACCUGGUUCUGGCGCGGCGGUCCGUGGAUCGGCGCCGGAUUUUCCGGCAGCCCGGAGACACGAACAUUCGCUUUCUUCACCAUCACUUUCGUCUCCAACGCCGACGAGGUCGUGUACUUCUACAAGCCGAUCGGAAACCAAAUAACGAGGCUCAUCUUAACGCCCGACGGCAACGGGGAGCGCUUGCUGUGGCUUGAUCCGCCGGGUCAAUGGAGCCUCUUCUGGCAAGAACCAGACGAUCAUUGCGACCAUUACGGCUAUUGCGGGGCUUUCGGGAUAUGCAAUGCGAGCAAUUUACCUAUGUGUAAUUGCUUGCAUGGAUUUCAGCCGAUAUAUCCGGCGAACUGGGUGAUGAUGGAUUGGUCGGGUGGAUGCGUUAGGAAGACGGAAUUAGAUUGCGACCGAAACGGGACAAGAAGCUCUACAGAUGGGUUUGUGCCGGUAAGCGCUGUGAAGCUACCGGAUACUUCGGUGGCGGUAGAGGACAGGUGGUUGGAGUUGGAUGCGUGCAGAGAAAGGUGUUUGAUGAAUUGCUCCUGCACGGCUUAUUCGUCGGCGAAUUUCACAGGCGCCGGGAGUGGAUGCAUUAUGUGGAUGGGACAGCUUAACGACUUGCGAGUCUACUCCAACAAUCCGCAUGUUAUCUAUCUACGGUUGGCUGUGGCAGAUCUAGUGUCAAACCAAUCUCACAUUAAAAAAGCAGCAGCGAUAAUGGUGCCCAUCGUGGUCAGUUUCUCCGUUGCUGCGCUUCUAAUUGGUUGUCUUCUAUUACGCUGCUGGAGAAAGAGAAGAUCUUUGGACUCCUCUGGAGAAGAGACCAAGGAAAGUACUGCAACUAAUACGGACAUGGAACUUCCUUUGUUUGAUUUUGAAACAGUUGCUGAUGCAACAAAUAAUUUCUCUGAAGAUAAUAAACUUGGAGAGGGUGGAUUUGGUUCUGUUUACAUGGGAAAGACAGAUGAUGGACAAGAGAUAGCUGUAAAAAGACUUUCCGAAAGUUCAACGCAGGGACUUGAUGAGUUCAAAAAUGAGGUGAUGUUGAUUGUCAAGCUUCAACAUAGAAAUCUUGUUCGGCUCUUAGGUUGCUGCGUACAGAGGCAGGAAAAGAUGCUGAUAUAUGAGUACAUGCCAAACAAAAGCUUGGACACUUUUCUAUUUGACCAGUAUAAAAAAGUGUUACUUAAUUGGCGAAUGCGUUAUAACAUACUCGUUGGAAUCGCACGAGGUCUCUUAUACCUUCAUCAAGAUUCAGCUGUGAGAGUUAUUCACAGAGAUCUGAAAACUAGCAACAUUCUUCUAGAUCAAGAGAUGGUGCCUAAAAUUUCAGAUUUUGGGCUUGCAAGAAUUUUUGGAGGAAACGAAGCAAAAUCUCAGACCAAAAGAGUUGUAGGAACAUAUGGAUACAUGUCUCCAGAAUAUGUGCUUGACGGCAUAUUUUCUAUGAAAUCUGACGUGUUUAGUUUUGGUGUUUUAACUCUUGAGAUCAUAAGCGGACAAAAAAACAGGGGUGAUUAUAUUUCUCAAACCUAUUAUCAUCUUUUACAGCAGGCUUGGAGACUGUGGAAAGAAGACAAUGCAAUGGAGCUACUUGAUGAAACAAUUGAGAAUUCGUACUCAGUUAAUGAGGUUUUAAGAUGCAUCAAAGUGGCUCUUUUGUGUGUUCAGGAUAGGCCAGAAGACAGGCCAUUAAUGUCUGAUAUAAUUUUGAUGUUAACCAGUAAUAAUGAGGUGUUACCAGACCCCAAAUGUCCAGCUUUUGUAGCUAAAGCUGAGUCAUCCUCGACUAAGCGGCAAUCCCCUUCUGUUAGUAAUGCAACACUUACAUUAACUCUUGGGAGGUUUUUUGGCUCAAAUCCUCGAACACAUCUACAAACUGGCGAAUAAUUUGGGUUGCAGACACCAUAAGGAC